AUGGCACACGCAUCCUCAUUCUCAGCCGAUCUUGACAAGCUAAUUUUCCAGCCUGCGGAAGUCGAUAUCGACGCGGAGUGUCUCAAGAACAUAUACAAAUCAGACCAUGCGUAUGUCAACAAACUUGUGGAAAAUAUAUUGUCCCAUGUUGAGCGAAGAAGAGCUCGACUGGAAGGCAUCCGCCGAUCCUCCACAAGACGAAAAUUAGGGACAAAUAUCCAGAAGCUUGCAACUGCGACACAAGACUUUGUUCAAGAUUUUUCCGGAAUCUUCGAAAUCAUCAAAGGAAUAGAUUCACGAGUUGGUUCCAUAGCUUACGGUACCUUCAGCUUGCUUCUUACGGUUGCGAAAAACAAGCAACAGCAUGAAGAUGUGAUCACCAGUGCUUUGGAAGAUCUCGGCCGGUGGUUGUCCAGAUUACGAGCGAUCGAAAGGUCCGAAUAUGAUAAUGAUGCAAUUCUUCAAUUCGUUCUGGAGAUAUAUAUCAAAGUGAUAGAUUUUGGCAGAGAUGCAGUACUAUAUUACGGCUCGUCAUCUUCGAAGAGAGUUUUUCAAGCCGUGGCUCGACCCGCCCAAUCUGCAUCACAGAAGCAGGCGGCAGAAAUCAGAUCCCUUAUUGCAGAUCUGAUGCAAGAGCUACUUAUUAUCCAGCAUGAUUACAUUAGAACAAUCAAAAGUCACUUGGAAAGGGAACAACAGGAAGAACACCAGCGAUGUGUCGACAAUCUUGAAAGACUGUUUGGUGUUUCGUCGGAUCUCUGUGCCAAAAACAUGAUCCAGGAGAGCAAUCGCAGGUUCGAGGGCAUGUUUAGCAAGGGCAAGCCCAAAGCAGGCUUCGCGAGGAAAGCGCCACAACUUGAGCAGAUAAGCCUUGAUGCACUUGCUGAGCGAUCCGAGUAUAGGUCAUGGAUGGCCAAUUCCUCUUCAUGCCUGCUACUCCUUGAAGGAGAGAACUACGAUGCGUAUGAUACCAGCCCACGGCUGUGCUGGCUCUCUCCGGUUGCUGUUCAGUUCUACCAGCAUUUUGAUGAGCUCAAGAACUGCUAUAUACUAUACCACUUUAUUGACGAAGGUGCUCGAGGGAUCGAAGGUUCGGAGACUGGGAUAAACAUGAUGCUGAAAAGUAUAGUGUUGCAGCUAUUGAGAGAAAACCGCGGCGUUUGCAAGAAACUGUUUGACAGAAUACAACACCUUUCUACCCUACCAGCGGCAGAGCAGGAAAACUUGUUUGAAAUUUUGUACCAUGUUCUACGCACUUUCAGCCAGGAAAAGACGAUCUACAUAGCAGUCUCAGGUGUCGAAAAUAUGUUCAGCAAUCCACCGACAAGACUUUUUGGCAGGUUAUUAAAACUGAUCAGAUCGUCUGAUGUCCUCGUCACUGUGAAGGUUUUAGUGAUUUGUCGAUCAGGUUAUUGGCCAAAUGCCGGCUCCAAAGAUAGGUCAGAUCUGCAGCGAGCCCUGGCGAUAGGCGGACAUGAGGAGCUGCUGCUGGCUGUAUUUGUUGCCUUCGGUUGGAAACAGAGGUCUCUGGGUAAUUGA